AUGCAUUGGACUGGAUUUAUCUCCAAUUGUAGUCAUGUUCUGGUGCUACUCUGUUCGAUCAUAGGCACAGGCACAGGUAUAGUAGAAAUUAGGAUGAAAUCCAGAAUCAAAUGGGCUGCACUUGGAGGACUUGUUUUGUCUUUUGUCUCGUUGCUGUUGCACUUGUUUCUUGCCAAGUCAAGUGCAAGCCUAGUGCAGUAUGGGGCCAUGUUGAAUUUCAGCGAUGAUUUGAGUGUCAAUGUCGGGGGUGGUGGAAAGGGUGCUGGGUAUAGGAAGUUGUGGGGAAAUGUCAAGUCUUUGGAGUUCUUGCAUCCAUAUGCCAAUCCAAGGAGUACAUAUCCUGGUAAUGUUGUUUUCCCUUAUGAAGUGACAAAGGGGGAACUAAAUCCCAAGCAAAAAAGAAGUGAAGAGAUAGGCGAGGCCUUUCCAGGAAACAUCAGCAGAAAAUUGUGUCACCCUCAAGGUGGUUCUCGGAAAAAUUUUAAGGCCGAUUAG